AGGAAGACAAGCCAAAGAUCUUCUGCUUUCUGCCUGCGUCGUCUAACUACAAAGCUUUCUUCUGCCAGGAGCCAGGUUUCUACCAGCGAAGCCUCUUUAAGCAAGUCAAAAUGAGUGCAGGAUCCAGGCGGAUUGUGUUUGCCCUGACAAUAGGCGUGUGCAUUGGACUCCUCCCAUCGUUACUUCAUCAUAUGAACGAAGAGGAGCAAGUGCAGAGGCAGCUUUGCAUCAACAAACAGGCUCUGUACAGCCGAGAAAAUAUACAAGCAGCUUCCCAAGUCCAGUCGCUCAGCUCGGCCAAAGAAGUGGCUGUUGCAUCCGGACCAAGGAAGAUCCUUCUUGACUGUGGUGCCAACGUAGCGUCGACUGUACAGCUCUUCCAAGAGACCUACCCCAACGGACACGAUUAUACCAUCCAUUCGUUUGAGAUCGACGACAGGCUCGCACCAUAUUUCAAACCAUACAAGAACCACAAUCUGCACUGCCCCGUUGGUGUUGCAGCAACAGAUGGUAACAUGACGGCGUACUCAGAGGCAGCGUGGGGUCCCAACAAGGGACUGAACAACGGUAAAGACAUGCAGUGGGGAGGAGGCUCUCUCUUCGUCAACAAACAGGAAAAAGAUGACGACAAAACAGGUGGAGUUCGUAAGCUGUCUUACCGGAAGCUCAUCCCAACAGUUGACCUCGCUAGGUGGAUAAAGGACUCCUUCACGAAAGAAGAUUACGUCAUCCUCAAACUGGAUGUUGAGGGCGCCGAGUAUGGAAUUCUGCGCAACAUGUUGGAUCAUGGGGCAUUUGACUUUAUUGACAAAUAUUACGGUGAAUACCACGAUUCACAGCCGACCGGUUGGUCCCAGGCAGACAAAAACAAGAUUCGAGCAGACAUCAAGACAGCAGGGUUCACCAUGAUUGAUUGGGUCGGAGAGCGCAGAACGUACACCGACUUCGAAGAGAUCCACACAGCCAAGGUACCAGCUGACACACCAGGUGCCGCAGGUGUGACCUACACAACAUGCGAGAGCAACAGGAUCGCCCUCGUGGUCGCCAUCGGCAUGAACCUGAAGCGCGCCCACAAAGUGGUGUCCACCCUCGCCGGGUACCGCCUCGCCCUCCCCGUCACGCUGUUCGUCUACGGCGACUUUGUCCAGCAGAACCCCGAGGUGGUCAAGAACUGGGGCACGAAAUUCCAGAUCGGGAUCAGGGAGGAUGGCCAUAAUCCCGUGGGUCAUUUAGAGAUGAUGCCCUGGGAGUGGGUCCGGAUGGGGCUGGUCAGCGCUAUCCUAAGGCUAGGGGAGAUCGGGAUCUCGACGGGGUACUAUAUGCCAUCUGUACAAGGCACCAUCGAUGCUAAGUUCAACACGGCGGCAAAAGCACGUGGGUUACGAGUCAUUAAGCCAGCCGUUGAAUUCCCAGCAAAGUCGGGUGCAGCUAGACUGACAGUGGAUAACUACUACAAGUUCCGAGACGUGGAACGAGUUCCCAAGGCCCUGAGGUUGAUCCACGAUGAGUUGGUCCGUAACAACGGAGGCAUCCUGAGCAUAGACUCGGACCUCCCAGAUACCUACAUGAACUCUGUCUUUCUCAUGGACUACCUGAUUGAAAACUCCGGCUUCAAGUUGGUAUACCUUAAUGAAUGCAUCGGCGGGACUUAGUCCAUUUUGUCUAAAGUUGUGUAGUUGUUUGUUUUAAAACCAGUUUAUACUUACUGCGAAUGCGCUACUAAUAAUAAUAAUACUGGGUUCUUAUAUAGCGCAAUACAGAUCCAAGACCCUAAUAGAGUUGCUUAAAGGCA